AAACGCGAUAAAAGGAAAACAUGAAAAACAGAAACAACGAGAAUUCUUUAAUCGACAAAGACUACGAAAAGUUCGUGUUUUUCUAAACCCUGUGACAAGAAAAACGCGGGGACUGCCAAAUAUCGAUUUACUUUUUCAUCGUCGUGAUCAAAAUUCUACAUCAAAUGAUGAAGUGAAUAACAGCAAGGAUAACGACACUGACAAUAUCAAAUUAAGUGUUGGUGAAGAUAAUAGUGACGGCGAAGAUGGAGAAACGGAUACACCCGUUGUUGAACAAGAAGAACAAUCUACUAUUACAUGUCACCGAGAGAAUGUUGGAUUGGAUUUUCGACUACGACGAGAAAGCGUUGAAAACUCUAAGAAAAUAUCAGAUAUCAAUGCGCGUAAGAAAAAUAUUUUAAAAGAUAUUGAUUGGGCCGGUAUUUCCUCUUCUUUGGUCAACAAACCCCAAUCAAGUGCACAAUUUAUGUCUAAUGGUGAUGAAUACGAUAACGACAAUGUUGAUACAGAACAACCGGAUGCAAAUCAACAUCAUAGCAAUGACGACACUGAAAAUGAUCACCAAGACAAAAAUGAAAUUGAAACAAGCGACGAGAAUAGUUCUGUUAAUGAUGAUAUUCCUUCUACACAACUUGAAGAACCUGCAGAUUGGCCAAAUUCUACAAUUGCAGCACGUCCAAUUACCAUCGAGUCAUUGGAAUGGUAUAAAUUUCUAUCGAAUUCUCAAAAUCACAAAAAUCCUUUGAGUGAAGAAGAGAUAAAUGCUUAUUAUAAUAAAGACUCGACAACGAUGCUGAUAGAAAAAAAUCAGAUAGAAUUAACAAAUGACUCUAAUCAUAACAGUAAAUCAAUUGAAUCGGUAUCGAAUUUGGCAUGGAAUAAAUUUCUUGAUCAACAGGAUAAUAACAAUGAAACACUUUCAAUAGAUAAUGAGGAAAACAAAAAGCUUCAAAAUGAUUUUCAUGAUGACGACGUGUACGAUGAACGACAAUAUUUGAAUUCUUGUUCUAUUCAAGCCAAUUACAGUCCACAACUUAGUCUUAGAAGAACUAUUCCUACUACAAUAACAGAAAAUAUCGCCACCACUUAUAUCAACUAUAAUGAUGAACAUGAACAUCGAGAGAUUAAUCUUUCAGGAAAUGAUGUACGAAUGCUGAAAGAAAUUAUCAAUACUGCGACAACAAAUGAAUAUAAUGAAAUCAUUGAUGUAUCUUCAAAUCAUCAGCAGCAGAGACACAAAGAAUCCAAUAACAAAACAAUAAUAACACUACCAAAAUUAAUGAAUUUACAGAAACAUUCGAAAUUCCAACAGAACUAA